AUGGUUCGGACGCGAGUAGCCGGUGGGUUUCUGGCACACCAUUUUGGCGCCCAAGAAGCGAUCGACACACUGCCGCUCAUUAACCAAGCCAUCACGAAAGGCACCGUCUUGGCGCCGUAUCUACCGUCGACGACGGUGUGCCGUCCGUCGGCGAGCGACUGCGAUGCUCCCGAGACGUGCACCGGUACCGGUAGUCAAUGUCCCGUCGACAAGUUUGCGCCGACGACGACCAAGUGCACGGGAACGUGCAACGACAACCCCUGCGACGGACAAGAUUUCUGCGACGGCAACGGCAAGUGCGUCGACAAGUACCUGCCGUCGGGUACCGUUUGCGGUGACACGGCGGCAGGUCCGUGCUCGAUCGCUGCUACAUGUACGGGUGAUAUGGGGUUUUGCCCGCCCGACGACUAUGCCGACACGUCGGUCCAGUGCACUGGCGCGAGCCAAGGUGGUGCUUGUGACGCGCAGGACUACUGCGACGGCAGUGGCAACUGCGCCGAUCGCUUCUUGGGUCCCAAGGCCUGGCAAGAGCGGGUCGUGCCCUGUUCUCAAGUCAUUUUGGAAGGCAACCUUCGCGAGAUGACGGCCGACGACCAGGCGCCAGUGCAGUCGAUGCUCGUGGCCAUGUCGUCGUCGUCGCCCAUGGUGCUACUCGGCCUCGUCUGUGUCGUCGCUGCUGCCGUUGCCAUGGUCACGAUGCGUCAACGCCGCGACGAGCUCGCACUGGACGACGCCACGUACAAGUUGCUAGCGACCCACGAAGACGCGUCGGCCGCCUUUUGAACUCGCCUUUUUGCAUAUGAUGAUUGACACGCAACAAUACAACGUACUUUUGGUUGCUACAAUGCAAGGUUUUGCCUACCAUGCAAUAUGAAGGUAUCUUA